CGCACAACCAACCCCUGUGCCACAGCCACAGCCACAGCCACAGCCACAGCCACAGCCACAGCCACAGCCACAGCCACAGCCACAGCCACAGCCACAGCCACAGCCACAGCCCAAAGCCAGUUGUCCGACACUGGUCUCAGCGUGCGCGGCCAGGCCAGCAGGGAUCAGCAACUCUAGCGUGGGCGACCUUAUUGAGAACGUGGUCAAAAACCUGGACGCGAACGGAGACGGCAAUCUUACUGUCGCUGAGCAGGUACAAAACGCCAUCAAGAACUACGACACAAACCCCACAGACGGAUGUGUGACCCGGGAAGAGUUUCUGACUGCACGUAGGGCAAUGGGCUUCUCUGACGAGCUGAGUUUGGGCCUCAUCCAGGGUGACGCCAAGCCUUCAUGCAGCGGCUUCUUGAUCGCCGAUUUUCUUCCCUUAUCAACCCUAUCUGUGGAUUUCUUCACCAACAUCAACUUCCAAACACUCAUCAACGUGUGUGAAGGGCAGAAGGCUCUCUACAACACGAGCUGUAACUGUGCCCAGCUCCCCUCCUCCUGUCGCGACAAUCGUUUCUCCGGCCUCGCCUCCUGCUCCGCCUACCUGCCCAAAAUCGCCAGCCGCACGGACUGUGUCUUCGGCAACGCCCCGGCCACAGUGACCGCCCCCGGCUCAAUUGUAGGACGUAAGCGAAGAUCGGAGUGGUAGAAAGAAGAGAGCAUCCAUCCAAUCGUCGACAAACGCAAGCCUUCCUCUUUGAUUUCAACCUCAGAAAAAUAAAGUCGUGGGUUCAUUUUAGUU